UAGUACGUUAAGCGCAUUCUCGGAGUAUGGACAUACUGAUUUACCACAAAAGAAGAAAAGAGACUUUACCUGUUCUUUAAUUUAUUUUAUAGAAAAUAACCUGAGGGGGUUUUCUGCUUAAAUUCGGUUACAAUGGGGAGAAGUCGGUCCCGCAGCAGAUCUCCUGCGAUCUCUGUGAGUAGGCAUGGAAAAGAACGAAGAUCAUCAAAGAAAGAACGUCACCGAUCCAGCUCUUCAUCCUCCAGCUCCAGCUCUGCAAGUCCAAGCCCUCACAAGAAACGUGCACAUGGUUCCAGCAAGAGCCAAAGUGCAGAGUGCAAAUCUGAGAAGAAAAGGCGGAAAAGAAAACAUCGUUCUUCCUCUUCAUCAAGCAGCUCAUCGUCUUCGUCUUCAUCCAGCGAUGACGAGGCCAAGAAGAGAAAGCAUAAAAAGGCCAAGAAGCAAUUGAAGAAAAUGAAAGAAAAGGAGAGAAAAAAGGUGAAAAAGGAGAAGAAAAGGCUUAAGAAGAUGAAGAAGUUAGCAGCUAGGGCUGAAGCAGCAGCAAAUAAAGCUCCACUGAUGAUCCCUGUUCCAGUACCUGUUCAAAUAGAAAAAACCCAGUCCUACAUAGAGACCUGGCAAAGCGAUGAUACCACAGAACAUGGUCCUGUGAUGACCGAUGAACAGAAAGCCAGUUUCUCCACCAAAAGGCCCAUGACGAAAGAGGAGUAUGAAGCCAGACAGAGUGUCAUCCGGCGAGUUGUUGACCCUCAGACCGGACGUACCAGGCUUGUGAGAGGAGAUGGCGAGAUUUUGGAAGAGAUUGUCAGCAGGGAGAAGCACAAAGACAUCAAUAAGCAAGCAACCAAGAGAGAUGGCGAUGCAUUCCAGAAGAGACUAGGGAUUAACAGGUAGAGGAACACUUCACUUCUUCACUGGACAUGUAAGAACUAUAUCCAGAUGGCUAUAAGCCUAAACCCUAAGGAAUCUCAAGAAAGCAUCAUCUGUUCAAUUGAAUAAAGUGUAUUCAUGCCUUUGAAAUUGUCUAAAAUUUGUUCCUGAUCUACUUCUUGAAAUGCUCUAAAGAUUAUCUGAAUAUUCCUGCUUUUGCUUUUUUUUUAAAAUAGUAUUACAGACCAGCAAAUAAAUGAUCAAAUAAAUAGCAUCUUGCAUGUGAUCAUUUGAUGUACUGUUGGAACACAUACUCCUAUUCAUUAUUGUGUGACCGAUAUUGUAGUCAAUAUUAAGGAUCCAUGGAAUUGGAGGACAUGCCAGUAAAGCCGAGGCCUCAUUUGUCAAGCUGGAUAUGAAUGAACUAAGUUAUACCGUAAGUCAUAGGACAGUUUACAUAAGAAAUUUGGUGUUAAUGAAAAUCUUGUUAGGAUUUGUAUUUGUAUCCUUCGAAAGCUCAUGCGUGUAUGUAAAGUUAUGUAUAAGGAAACUCAUUAAUGUGAACCUCUGUUGAUUGGCUUCAAAUCAUAUAAUGAGUUUUAGGCAAUGAGUGACUGCUAUUAUAUACGUGAGUUAAUGUCAUAUUUCAUUAUUAUUAUUUAAUUAAAUUACAUGAACAAAUUGAAUGGAAAUUUUGUGAAACCCAGCCAUUUCAUAGUAAUAGUACCAAUUAAAUACAUUUUAAAUAAGGGGAAACAACAAAGCUACCAAGCCAAUACAAAUUCACAAACUGAGACAAAUAAACCCACUAAUUCAGUUAAGACAAAAUAAAUGCUGCCGUUAUUGCCAUAGCAUCUUUUUUUAAUGCUGUAGCCGAUCUGGUAUGUCUCGGUGUGCACUGAGCAGUAUACUCCGUGGUGUACUGUGUGCCAUCGU